UCAUUCACAUAGCAAAAUCCUUUUCCUUGUAAAUUUCCCGAGAAAGGACAAAAAUAAUCAAUGGAUGUUCUUUCCAGUGGGAUAAACAGAAAGCGGUGCACCACGGCUACAACCUCCACAUCGGACGAACCGAGCUUGGAAAACGCGCUUUGCUAAGGGGCCAAGACGCCUUUUUUCAUCUACCGUGAGCUGAAAUGAACAUCAGAGUCUUGGCUUGCAUUGCUGCUGCAGGAAGGAAGGAACAGGUAUACCAUGACUGGACACUGUUGGCUUUGUUCUUGCUUCAUACAGCCCGCAGGAUGAAAUAGGACACUCAGUGCAUGAAGAGUUGGUCUGACCUCAGGGUUACGACUACAAGAGAGAAUCCAGCACCUCUCGGAUGGUGGACUGAUCAGCUGAAUGUCAGCUGCUUGUGGAGCAUGGGUACAACUGCCAGUGCCGCACCACAGCCUGUUUCUGUAGCGUCGCCGCUUGAGAGUGUCCAUGGCAACGGGAUGGCCGACAGCAGGCAGUCUCUUAGCAUGAGCCCCUUUCAGACAGUCAACAUCCACAACAACAAGGCCAAGUCCAUUAUCACCAACAAAGUCGCACCUGUUGUCAUCACGUAUAAUUGCAGACAGGAAUUUCAGAUUCAUGAUGAAAUCCUCAAGACCAACUACAAAGUCGGUCGGAUAUCGGACGCCAUGCCCGAGCACUACCUGGUGCAGGGGGAGUACUUCAUGGUCCAGGAUGUGUACAGCAAGGCAGAUGUCCUCAACACCACAGGCAGCUAUGGAGCACCCAACUUCCGUCAAUUGAAGGGGUCCUACCCGCUGUAUGGGAUGGGUCAGCCGAGCCUGAACGGUUUCAAACAGGUUCUUCAGAGGCUCCAGGCCCAGGGACACGAGGAGGUUAUAUUCUUCUGUGUAAGAGAGGAGCCGGUGGUUUUCCUGCACAAGGAGGAAGACUUUGUGCCGUACACCCCCAGGAGGAAGGAAAACCUCCAUGAGAACCUUCAUGGCCUGGAAAAGGAGGAGCUGGUGGAGAGUCUUGAGCUCACCAUCAGGAAGGAGCUUCACGACUUUGCCAAGCUCAAUGAAAACAUCUUCUAUGUCUACAACGACAUUGAGUACUUCAAAGACGAACCGCAGAAGAUCUCCAUCACGUGUGAGGAGGACAUCCAUGUGACUGAAGAGGUCUAUAAGAGGCCUAUGUUCACCAUGCCAGCCUACAGGUACUACAGAUUACCACUACCAAUGGAGGGAGCCCCAUUGGAAGAAGACUUUGACGCAUUUGUUAACAUACUCCGGUCUGCCUCUCCUUCUAUAUGUGCUAUUUACCAGGAGAGCACCAGCUUGUCUCUGGGCCAGGAUGCGUCCCGGCGGCUGCCUGCUCUUCUCUUCAGCUGCCAGGUGGGCGUCGGUCGCACCAACCUAGCCAUGAUCCUGGGCACUCUGGUCAUGAAUCGCCUAAGGGGUGACUCACAACCGCCGCAUCAAGUUGAGGAGGCAGCUGCUUCAGAGCCCAAACCACUGUUCAAGGUCAUCCAGUCUUUGAUCAGCAAACUGCCUAAUGGACAGCAGGUCAUGGAGGAGGUUGACCAGGCUAUUACUCUGUGUUCAGAAAUGCACAACAUAAAAGAAGCAAUAUAUGAGAACAAGAGUAAGCUGGAAGGAAUUGGAGAAGAUUAUCAAAUUCAGGGAAGCAGUACCAAAGACUACUUUCUCACCAGAACCAUGCAGAGCUUGGAGCGCUACUUCUACUUGCUUGUAUUUAAUGCAUACCUUCACGAACAGUAUCCUCUUGCCUUUGUGUUCAACUUCAGCCAGUGGAUGUGCUGCCACCCGUGGCUGUACAGGUUACUGGCCUGCAUGGACCUAUCAGAGCUCUCGGCCCCGGCAGAGCUGGUCACCAGAGGAGCUCGCGUCCUGGUUGCUGAUGAGUGCUUGGCUCCGGACGUGCUCAGCACAGUGAAGGAGAUGAAGGCGGUCAACUUCAGACGAGUGCCCAAGAUGGCUGUUUAUGGAAUGGCUCAGCCGACAUCAGAGGCUACUGGAGCAGUUUUGGCCCAUCUGACGGAUGAGAAGAGGAAGCACAGCCAUGUGUUGUGGGUCAACUUGCAGGAGGAGCUGGUGCUUGAAGGGAAUGGUCAGAUUUUUACACCAAGGGAGCCCUCGUGCCUGGACCAGCACAUUCCUUUCCCAUCAUCCGACCCACAGCUAAUUGAGAAAGUGGAGACAUCCCUGAAAGAGGAGAUCCUGCGAUCUCAAAAGUGGCUCGAGGUGACACUGGAGCAGGAGAAACAGAUGAAGAUGUUUAAGAGCUGCCUGACGGUCCAGGAGAUCUUCAAUCAGCACAAAAGUUCCCACCAGGGCCUCAUCUACAAACGCAUCCCCCUGCCAGACUGCAGUGCGCCCAGGGAGGAGGAUUUUGAUAGGCUGUUGGAGGCCAUGAAGAGUGCCUUGGCUGAAGACUCUCACUCAGCCUUCGUUUUUAAUUGCUCCAACGGCAAAGGCAGGACCACGACCGCCAUGGUUGUCGCUGUUCUGACUCUCUGGCACUUUAAUGGUUUUCCAGAGUUUGGUGAUGAUGAGAUUGUGAGUGUCCCUGAUGCCAAGUACACAAAAGGAGAAUUUGAGGUUGUGAUGCAGCUGGUGCGUCUGAUCCCCGAUGGCCACAGGAUGAAGAGGGAGGUGGACAUGGCCUUGGACUCUGUCAGCGAGACCAUGACCCCCAUGCACUAUCAUCUGAGAGAGAUCAUCAUCUCCACAUACAGACAGAUAAAAAGUGGUAAGACGGAGAAAGAGAGUCAGCAGCUGCUGCUGUGGAGCCUGCAGUACCUGGAGCGCUACAUUUACCUCAUCCUCUUCAACACAUACCUGCAUCUAGAGAAGAAAAACUCCUGGCAGCGCUCCUUUACUGUCUGGAUGGAACAGGUGGCUGCCAGAGCCGGAGUUUAUGACAUCCUCAACCAGCUGGGCUUCUCUGAGUUUGAAAACCCGAGGGACACGCCACUGGCCAGGCUGCGCUGCCGCUGGCAACAGCAAAACAUUCAGUCACUUCCUUUCCGGGGGGAGUUCAUCUAAGAGAUGAUCACUGUGAAUGCACCAUGACAGUACUGUGCUUUUCAGAAUAAAAGACAUUGACAUUGUUAUGCCUUCUAUAUUCACCCUUGUAUUAUCCAUAUCUUCACUUCAUCUAUUGUUUGUGCUUUUUUUCAAACUCACUUGCGAUGUUAACAUUUUGUAGGUGUUUCGAUGUUGAUUCUUAGCAGAAUGUUGCUCCUAUAUUAGAAGUUGAUAUUUGUGCCUUUGCCUUGUUUAAUCAAUGGUAGAACAUAGUGUUAAUGUACUAAUAUUUUUUUUAUUGUUUUUUUAUUCUUUCUUUAUGAGUUCUCGCUUUUGAAGAUGAGAUAGCUUUUUAAAACUUCUGUUGGAACAAGACAAGAGUUAAAUGUUGUUAUGGAGGAGAGAAGCAAAUUCCACUGUGUUGUCAGACAGCAAUUUGGGGUCUGUGUCACAAGUGCUUGCUGUUUGCUGUGUGACCUGAUAUUUUUCUUGAGCCCUGUCUUUUUCUUUUCAGCACAGCUGUCAUCUGUGGCUGUGCUUUUGUUCAACUUGUGGUUUUACAUUUUUGAGAAGAUUCCCUGUGUACAUAUGAAAGCUGCUGUUAUUUAAUUGUUGAUGUUUCCUUGAGUUUUCUAACUCUCAUCAGUGUUUUUUUUUUUUUUUAGGGGAGUGUUGAGCAAGUUCCCGUUAAGUUUCUUUUGCUACAGUAUAAUGGCAGUAAAAUGUCCAUCUGUUGUACCCAUUUCUUUUUUAGAUUUACUUACAUGCCAUGGUACAGGUACUAACAUUACAGCAUGUCAGGAUUUUGUAUGUUAGUUUGAUUUUACUCUAAAGCUGUAAAUGUAUGUAUUUGUAAACAUUGGAGCAAUGAUGCUUAAGAAUUGUAAAUGUAUACAUUUCCCUGAGAUUCCUUUUAAGUCCCAUGAAAUGGUAACAUCCCUUCUUUAAUGUGAUGUGAAGAACUAAAGAUAUCAUCUUUUUAUUAUGCAUAUACUUCUUCCUUUUCAAAACUUGGGAACUGCAUUACCCACAAUGCAACUCAGCCAUAUACAGUUUAGUCUGAGGUUUUUGUUUGUUAUCCUAGUAGCAGCUAAUGUAGCCUCAAGCUGCUAGCUUCCAGCAGAGAUGAGGAGCAGCUACAGAGAUCUGGUAAGCUCACUUCUUUCUAACUCCACACUUCCCCCAGAUUUUCUCUACUCUUUCAAACUUGUAGUCUUCACCCCCAUCCUAGGCUAACUCAAGCGACAUCACUUUAUCAGACUUCACCUAGCACACUGUGGAGCCACAAAAUGCUUUAAACACCUUUUUCUUCACAUGUGCAGCAGUACUCCCCCAACACCUGUAAACAGACUUUGAUGUGUAAAAAAGUUCCCCUUUAAUCAGCUCGGCUCUCACAGACUUUACGGCCCCUGCCAGUAAACAGUUACCAUUUCUGUCACCAGUCCAUCAGCAGGAAUUAAAUUAUACAUGUGACUAUAACAUUUAUGGUUGGAAACAGCCAGGCUUGCAAAUACUUGGUGUAACUUGGGUUAAAAAGAACACUUGGUAUCAAUUGAUGAAGGAUAAAUAUACCCUUUAACAACUGCAGCUCAUGUUGGUGGCAUCAGUGGAAGGAGACAAAAGCUGCAUAUUUUGCUGUUCUGGACAAUAACUGUGUUGUCGGCAAAUCAGGGCAACAAUUAGAUCAUUGAUUUGUUAAACACAUGCCAAUUAUUGUUUAGUGUGCCUACGUUAACUUUUACUGUACAAUAUUUCUUCAAGAAUAACACUUUUUGUUUAAUUUUAUUAUUCUUUCAUUUGCUAAUAUGUCUUUUAGUUUUAAAGUAACUUGUAGCUCAGUGUGCUUUAAAAACAAUGAAUCCUGCCUUUAAACCAGAAAGAUAUAUUUCUACCAGAUGCCUGUCGUUAAUGUUUUUUUCUUUUGUCAAUGUAUCAGAACAUUUGCACUGUAUAUAAUAGAUUCAGACUAACUGAGCAAAAAGAUUGUGAUGAUUGAUAAUGAAAUUGAAAUAGCUUUUUUUUUUUUUUUUUUACUUUUGAGGAGAAUUGAUUACAAACACAUCUUCAUGUGACUUCUUAACACAAGAACAUACAUACACACACAUGUGCAGGUUGUAAUAACACCCUAGCAUCUUAGUAAGGCUAUGCUCUUAAUUUUAUGGGUUUUUUUAAAUGUUUUUUUUAAACAGGCAGUCAUCAUAGAGCCAAUGGUUAACCCUUUAUUCACUGUAUGUGCCAUUUAUUAUAUUUUUGGGGGCUAAAAUAAAUAGAUUUAACAGUG